AAGCAAAAGCUCCAUUUAUUCCAACUCUGAAAAAUCACUUCCUCCUAAUAAGUUACACACUCGCUUUCCAUUCCUUUCACUCCACCCUCUUCCUGCAUGCAACAUCUCUAUAUAGUAUCUCUAAAACCAAACGAACACGCCACACAACAAAAGCAUUGUUCAAGGCAAAAGAAAGAGAGAAAGAUGAGCCCAACAUGGGUUUUUGUGGUGUGUGUUGCAGCCAUGUUGGUGGUUGGGAAUGGACAAUCAUCGGUGAAGCCAUUGGUGAAGACAGUGAGGGGGAAGAAGGUGUGUGACAAAGGCUGGGAGUGCAAGGGUUGGUCUGCUUAUUGCUGCAACGAUACUAUAUCUGACUAUUUCCAGACUUACCAGUUUGAGAACCUCUUUGCAAAGCGCAAUUCGCCGGUGGCACAUGCCGUUGGAUUCUGGGACUACCGUUCUUUUAUCACUGCUGCAGCACAGUAUCAGCCUCUCGGAUUUGGCACCACCGGAGGAACCACCAGUGGCCAGACGGAGGUUGCCGCUUUCCUUGGCCAUGUUGGCAGCAAAACCUCUUGUGGUUAUGGGGUGGCUACCGGGGGACCCUUAGCCUGGGGUUUAUGCUACAACAAGGAAUUGAGUCCUGAUAAAUUCUACUGCGACGAAUACUACAAAUUGACAUAUCCCUGCUCUCCUGGUGCAGCAUACUAUGGUCGUGGUGCCAUCCCACUUUACUGGAACUACAACUAUGGAAAAGCUGGGGAAGCCUUGAAGGUGGAUCUAUUGAACCAUCCAGAAUACAUAGAACAAAAUGCAACCCUAGCCUUUCAGGCUGCACUGUGGCAGUGGAUGAGCCCACCUGAGAAGCACCUACCUUCACCCCAUGAUGUGUUUGUGGGCAAUUGGAAACCCACCAAGAACGACACAUUGUCCAAAAGGGUACCUGGAUUUGGUGCCACUAUAAAUUUGCUCUAUGGGGACCAAACUUGUGGGCAGGGACCUGAUAAUGAGGCCAUGAACAACAUCAUUUCUCACUAUCUUUAUUACCUUGAUCUCAUGGGUGUUGGCAGAGAAGAAGCUGGGCCUAAUGAAGUUCUCUCCUGUGCUGAACAAAAGGCUUUUAAGCCCUCUGGUUCACCAUCUUCUGCCACAAAUUGAUCUUUCCUUCUUCGGUCCAUUCUUCGAUCCUGCUAAACAUUCUUAAUAAAGGAGGCAAGUAGACAACAUAUUUCAACUACUUUGGCCUUCACAUGAUGAGACUGAAACAAGUUUGGAGUGGACACUCAUAGUUAAUUUCUGUAUAGAUUCUUACUUUGCAUACAUAUAUAUACAUCUUGCCUUUUGAUGUCUCCUUUCUCUUGUAUAAUUUGAAUAUAUUUUGGUAUAAUGUAUACAAUUGAAUAUUUGAUCAUCAAAGAUUGUAACAAUUUUGUUGAUUUUGGA